UUAUACUUGUCAGUAUUGACAUCAUAGCAUCAUAGACUAGAAUAUUAUGAUUGACAUGAUUAGUGCCAUAAAAUUACCUGAAACACCAAGUGCCUAGCAAAAAUAAAUGAUAUAAGUAAUUAUUAAUUAAGGUUAUUACGGGGAAGGCAGAGUGCAUAUUAUUAUAUGUGCUAUGUGAGGUGCAUAUACAUUAGUAUCAACUGCUUACCUAUUUUAACAACCAAAUAUCCUAAAAGCUCUUCUUCAAAUUAAGAGUUUUAAACAUAAAUGUGCCCACUGUUUCCCGAUUCUUCACAAAAGAAGGCGCCAAUUACGAGAGCCAUUGACACGGGUGUCUCCAGGACGCCGGCCGCCGCCGGCGCAGGUAGACCUGCCAGAGGAGCGAGACAGAUGACCCCGCCUCUCGCUCGCACCCGCAGGCCGGCUGUCGCAACUGGUGGGGCGCUGGCGCGGGCGUGUUUGCUCCAAGCCUGUGCUACAUUUUUAUUUAGUUUGUAACCGUUCUCUGGCGCCGGAGCACAAUGCUCCUGCGGGCCCGCCGCAUUCCAUAUUAGUGUUCCGAUAACCCAAACAGAUGAGUGAUAACGAGAUAUCCUUUUGAAAGCUUAUCCUCGCUUCGGCGCCACAUAGCCUUGGCAUGAAAGGGCUAAGCAGAAUCAAAUCCGCGGUCGCGCUGCUUGCCAUCGGCUACUGCAGUUUCCUGGUUUAUCAAGGUGGAGUCAGUUCUAACUUAAUCCUUCAAGUUAGUAGACCAGCAGCAGUGCAGUUUGAUGAAGAUGCGAAUCUUGUGGAAAGGACAGAAAGUGUUGUUACUAAAAAUGCAAGCGGCAAAGAAAGCGUGGAUAAAUCAGUUAAUAGUGAAAGUGAACAGAAUAAAAACAUUACGUUAGAUGACAUUUUUAUUGGUGUUAAAACAACAAGAUACAACCAAAAAAGUAGGUUACCAGUGAUAUUGAAGACAUGGUUCCAAUUAGCAAAAAAUCAGACAUGGUUCUUCACGGACAUAGACAACCCGCUUCAUCAGUAUCAAACAAACGGCCACAUGGUGGACACGAAGUGCUCGCCUUUGCACGAGCGCCAGCACCUGUGCUGCAAGACCGCCGUCGAGUACGACCACUUCAUCAACAGCGGGAAGAAAUGGUUCUGCCACUUCGACGACGACAACUACGUGAACGUGCCGCGGCUGGUGGAAGAGCUGAGGAAGUACGACCCCAUGCGGCCCUGGUACCUGGGCCGCACCUCCGUCUUCAACCCCAUGUUGUAUCCGGAGAAUGAGACGGAAAGCGGCGAGGUGUUCUGGUUCGCGACGUUCGGCGCCGGCAUGUGCAUGAGCCGCAGCCUCGCGCUGCAGAUCCUGCCCGUCACUGGUGGUGGCCGGUUCAUCAGCAUAUGCAAUAAAUUGCGGUAUCCAGAUGACGUCACCAUGGGAUAUAUCGUAGGUCGCUACGGCAAAGUGGGCCUCACCGUGGUCCCUCAGUUCCACUCUCACUACGAGGAGCUGCGCUUCCUGCCGGCGGACUCCCUGCGGGAUCAGCUCAGCCUCAGCUACGAGCUGCAAAACAGAAAGGGACGGAACGUGCUGGACGUGCCCGGGUUCAAUACUGUGUAUGAUCCUACCAGGUUCAUGUCUCUUCAUUGCUUCCUAUUUCCGAAUGAAAAGUUUUGUCCAAGAUAGCACUCAUAAGGAAAUAGUUCUGGUAACAAGUGAAACCUAUGAGGUAUUCCUCAAGUAAAUGUCCUACGAGAUCUCAUUGAGCGACAUUACUUUAUUGGUUGUAAAGAAAUUAUUUGGUUUGUUCUUAUAGUGAUUUAAAUCAACUUAUAGAACAUAAGGAACAUCUGAAUUUUUGAGUAGCCGUAAACAAAAAUGUUGAUUCCCUGUUUUUGUCAUUAACAAAUCAAUUUGCAAUGAGUACAUAACAUGUAAUCGUCAAUACACCAUGUUUUGAAAGAAUGAUUUAUGUAUAGAACAACAACAUUAAACUAUAAGUUUUAUAAAUUCUGUUUGUUAAGCUAGUAGGUAUACAAAAAUACUGUGAUAUAGUUUCUAAUUAUAUAGUGGCACUAAUGUCAUAUUAAAACGUUAAGUUUAAGUAAGAAAUUAAAGGUUAAUUAUUAUAACUUCAUUUAAAAGUGGUGCACAAACAUAUUAUUUAUAUUCAUAAUAUAUUAAAUCAUGGAACAUAGAAAGUCAUGUAUGACCAUAAUUAUAUUUGUAUUAUCCUAUUUAUGUAGCCUGAAUUUUGGAUGAAAAGAUUCAUCAAAUAUAGCAUUUACCUUUUAUUAACUUUUUUCAAGAUAUUGUUUUAUCCAGAUGAUAAUUUAUGUAGAUUUGCCUAUCUAAUACUGACACUUAAAUAUAAUACAGCAAUGUAUCUUUGCCUUCCCCGUAGAAUCUAUAACAUUGCAUGGUUUUUUUUAAUUGGUGUGCUCAACUGCACAUUGAGUUAUGUACAUGAUUCAUAGAAAAUAUUCUAUGUUUUUGUAGGUUAUGUAUAUUUUUAUAUGACAGUCAAUUGUUUUGUAUUUUUGUUUUUAUAAAUAUAUUUAUUUAUCCAUAAACGUA